AUUUAUAGUUUUGUAUACGGUGUUGACGAGAAUCUAACAAUUUGCAAUGCAUGAUGUAAAGACAUUUUUAAUUGUUUAUUUAUGAAAGAAGUAUUAGUCUGAUAUACGUAACAUUCAAAUGGAGAGUCUAAAAGUGAACACUGUGGCUAAGAAUAUAUAAGUAUUUUAUUGGAACUGUAAGGUAUAUUGAAUAAAAAUGUCGAAGAAUGGCGAUGUGCCGUCAAGUCAAGGACCCAGCAGACCGUCUAUGCCAAAGCCUGAUUUGAAUUUAUUUCCAUCUGAUAAACGCAAAAUAUUAAAUCUCCAGCUUGGAGGGCCAUCAGCAGAAACUGCUGCAUUUAUGCCAUUCACUUCUACUGCAGUUCAAAGAACUCGUGUACCAUCUAGAACUAUCAGGGAUGUCCUCCCAGAAAAUACGAGAGACCGUUGCAGAAUAUACCCAUCAAUGCAGUCCUCUGGAAAACUACAGCUAUCUGCCACUGAAGUGUAUGAUUUUACUUCUGAUGAUCUACAAGAUCUUGGUGAGAUUGGCAGAGGUGCAUUUGGGGCAGUUAACAAAAUGGUCCACAGAAAAUCAAGUAAAGUCAUGGCUGUGAAAAGAAUUCGCUCAACUGUGGACGAGAAAGAGCAAAAGCAAUUGUUAAUGGAUCUCGAAGUUGUGAUGAAGAGUAAUGAAUGUCCUUAUAUUGUACAGUUUUAUGGAGCUCUGUUUAAAGAAGGUGAUUGUUGGAUCUGCAUGGAACUAAUGGAUACAUCACUAGAUAAAUUUUAUAAAUUCAUCUGUGAAAGAAUGCAAACACGCAUUCCAGAAACAAUAUUAGCUAAAAUUACACUAGCUACUGUUAAAGCGUUAAAUUAUUUAAAAGAGAAAUUAAAAAUUAUUCACAGGGAUGUAAAACCAUCUAACAUUCUAUUGGAUAGAAGGGGCAAUAUAAAGUUGUGUGACUUUGGUAUAUCGGGUAAACUGGUUGAUUCCAUUGCGCGAACACGUGACGCGGGAUGCAGGCCUUACAUGGCGCCUGAAAGAAUAGAUCCCGGCCGCGCGCGCGGUUAUGACGUGAGAUCUGACGUUUGGUCACUCGGAAUCACUCUGAUGGAGGUGGCCACUGGAGCAUUCCCAUACCCACGGUGGGGAUCUGUCUUUGAACAGCUCCAACAAGUUGUACAGGGUGACCCACCUCGUCUUACAAACAAAAACAACUCGUUUUCAAACAAUUUCAUCAAUUUUGUUAAUACUUGCCUGAUCAAAGAAGAAACACAGCGACCGAAAUACAAUCGUUUAUUAGAACAUCCAUUUAUUAAAGGCAUUGAUCAAAGUCGUGCAGAUGUAUCGGCGUAUGUGUGCGAAAUUCUCGACUCCAUGGAGCGUAAUGGAGUAAGUCCCUUUACCACCGAUCAGCCAGCGCAGGCUUGGGUUGACUAAAUUAUUCUUAUUAUAAAAAACUUACUUGGUCCUUUGACAUUACACUCUUCACAAACUUUUUAAAAUUAAAUUCAUUGUAAGAAUUUACACAUUACUAUGUAUUCAAAUAAGAUUAGCUUGCCUAAUGAAUAAAAGCAGAGUUCAAAUUUCACAUCUAUUUUAUACUGUUUUAAAUGUAGUAUAAUUAUUAUUAUUGAUAGGGAAAGUAGACAAUUUAUUCCUUACUUUAUUGCAACACACAGAGCACUUGCAUUAUUAAGUAUUUCAAUAGGAAUUAUUUAUAUUUAAAAAAUCCCUCAUAAGUAAUCGUUGUAAAUAUAAGUUGAUUCAUGUAGUAUUUCUUAUGAACAAAUUGAAAUUACACCAAAAAUAAUAAAUAGAAUAAUUUAGUUGUUCUUUUAUGCCAUUAUCAAUUUUUUUCUUUGUUAAUUCUAAUGAUUACUGUUUAUAGAAUAUUUACUUGCAAGUGUAUGAAAUAUGACAAUAGAUUAAAUAAAAAUGGCAUACUUACCUUUUUAGAUGUUACAAUAAAUGGGAUUUGUUUUACAUUUAAUAUUUAUUUUUUCUCAUGUAGCAUAUAUUUUUAUGAGGUUUUUAAAGAAUAGUUUCUCCUAUCAUUGACUUAUUUUACAUAUAGAAUUUAAUUAAAGCAUAGAAUCUGUUAUUCUUAUGAAUAAAGUAAGUCACUUGAAUUAAAGCAAUGUUCUUUAUUUAUUUAACAUUGGAUCAAAUAACUUUCUUAUGAAAACAGUGCAAAACAUUUUAAGUAUAAUUGUUUCUUUUAAUUAUUGAACAUUAUCUAGUACCUAUUGUAUCUUUGUGGCCACUGCUGAAAUCCACUAUAAUAAUCUAUAUCAAAUGUUUUUAUUAAUGUUACACAGUCCACACGCAACACAUAUGUAUGUAAUUUGAGUAAAUAGAUGUUUGAAAUAGUACAAUAAUUAUUAAUUCAGUGAUGUAAGCCUGCAAAUUGGUAUGGAACAUAUCUAACCAAACCCAAAAAUAUUAGAAUAUCUUCACUCCUAUGUGUAAAUUGUUGAUAAGAAAAUAUGUACUGAAUUGUAUGUUACCAGACACAAAUGCUUUAGAGCCUUUGUUAUCCACCAGCCAUAAUUAAUGUUAUAUUUAUGAAAAAUAAUUGUAAAUGUACUAUUGUAAUUUUGUACAUACAAAUAUUGAAUGUGAGAAUAAUUAAUGAUUGAAUAAAUAAAUAAUUGGCAGCAAACAUAAGAUAUACUCUGUUAAAAUGAAAAAGAUCAUUACAUUUUCUCCAUGCAUGUUGGAUUACUUGUGAAACAAUAGAUAAUAGAAUGAGUACAUAGAAA